AUUGACUCUUAUCUGACAUUAGUAGCCUGAAAUUGGAAUAUGUGGACACUCCUCACUCCCCAGUCUUCACCUUCAUGUUUGAACCCUAAUCCCUAAUUUCCUAACCAGUGACAACAGUAACGAACGUUUCUAAUUCACAAUCUUGCAUCUUUCACAAACAUCGAUAGAAAUUAUAAUUAGAAAAUGAAGGCUUUAGGAUGGUGGCUGUUAGCAGUUGGCACUCUCCGACUUGCCUCUGUUUGGUUCGGUUUCUUCAACAUUUGGGCUCUCCGCCUCGGCGUCUUCUCCAACACCACCAUGACUGAAGUUCAUGGACGCACAUUUGGAACUUGGACACUGUUGACCUGCACACUUUGCUAUAUCUGUGCAUUCAACCUUGACAAUAAGCCCAUUUACCUGGCUACCUUCUUAUCAUUUAUCUAUGCUCUUGGUCACUUUGUGACUGAAUACUUUAUUUAUCAAACAAUGCAGAUUCAAAAUCUGUCUGCUGUUGCCUUUUUUGCAGGAACAUCGAUUAUGUGGAUGCUAUUGCAAUGGAAUUCGCAUGGGAGAGUCCACUUGAAGCAUUCUUAGAAAGGAUUAGUGAGCAAAGAGACAAGUCAAGUGAGAUCAUGUGAUUUUUAAGGUUGUUUUGAAUUCUUUGAUGUAUUGUUAGUUAUGAGCAGUAAUGUUAGUUUCACAAUUACUGCUGCUCUCAACAAAAUGCAUCAUAAAUUAAUUGGAAAGAGUUUAUUUACUUUGAAAAGACUUGAGAAUGACUCAAAUAAAUCGGGCAAAUCCUCUAUUCAAUGAUUUCAAUCUUCCAACCUAA